CCAUGUGUGGACUGUGUGCGCUCAGUGCCGGUCUUCCUCCAAUUCUUAGUUGAUUUGUCUUGUCGUCGCGGUUCUCGUUGCUACCAGUCCCUCAUCAUGAGAUCCUUCGUUACUUCGACGCUGCUUGCCAGUGUAGCUCUGGCUGCCCCGGCCAAACGACAAAACACAUAUGCGCCAGGAUCACCACCACCGGGAGGACCUGGCCACCAAACUCCUGCCAAACUCAAUGUCCAGGUCGGAGAUCGUCCAUACUACCUCGUAGACGAUAUGGAUGACGGUCCUUUGAAGGAGAAGUUGCAAAGCUGCUCCGAGGGCCCUUUCAAGCCGUCUGACUUCGUCUUUUCGCAUCGUGGCGCGGCUCUACAAUUCCCCGAACACUCGAUGGAGGGAAUCACCGCAGCGAGAAGACAGGGCGCGGGUGUCAUUGAAUGCGAUGUUGCUUUUACCAAGGACAAGCAGCUCGUGUGCCGCCACGCCCAAUGCGAUCUUCACACCACGACCAACAUCCUCAAUCAGACCGACCUCGCCUCCAAGUGCACAACUCCGUUCACGCCCGCUGCAGAUGGCAAACCAGCUACGGCCAAGUGCUGCACAUCAGACAUCACGCUCGCCGAAUUCAAAACCCUGUGCGGCAAGAUGGACGGCUUCAACCCCAACGGCACUACUGUCGAAGAGUACAUGGACGGAACACCAUAUUUCCGUACCGACCUAUACGCCACAUGCGGUACACUCAUGACCCACAACGAGUUCAUCGACAAAGUCGACAGCUGGGGUCUCCAGUUCACGCCCGAGCUCAAAACUCCCGAAGUCCCCAUGCCCUUCGACGGUUACACGCAAGAGCAAUACGCCCAGGACCUCAUCGACGCGUACAAAGAGCGCAACAUUGACCCGUCGCGCGUGUGGCCGCAAUCUUUCUUGCCCGACGAUAUUUUCUACUGGAUUGACAACGAGCCAGACUUCGGCAAGCAGGCCGUCUACCUCGACGAGCGCGUCGAUACUCCAGAGGGCUAUGCCAACGCUACCGCGAGUAUCCCCUCCCUUGCCGAGCGCGGUGUCAAGGUUCUGGCCCCUGCUUUCUUUGCCCUCACCAAGCUCGAUGAGGCUGGCAAGAUUGUGCCUUCCGAGUACGCGCUUGCCGCUAAGAAGGCUGGCAUGGAUAUUGUUGCUUGGAGCUUCGAGCGCUCCGGGUGGUUGAACAAAGGUGGAGACUAUUAUUACCAGUAUGUCUCCAAGGCUAUCAAUAACGAUGGCGACAUGUAUACUGUGUUGGAUGUGCUUGCGCAGCAAGUGGGCAUCAAGGCCAUCUUCAGCGAUUGGCCCGCUACAGUGACGUAUUAUGCCAACUGCUUUGGAUUGGGUAAAUAG